AAAGAAAAAUACAGUUCAUCUAAAAAAAAGAAAAAUCCCAACUUUUUUCCUCCAUUAAAGCACUUCAGACAUGUAGAACAAAACCUCACUGGUGAAGUGUGGGAUCUUCAAAAUAAUCCAAGAUUUUGAGUUGGGUGUUGUUGAAUUUGCGAAAUGGAAAGUGGGUUUACAGCAGAAGAUCUUUCGACAAUUGGAGGAAUUGCUACUGUAUCACUCUUACAUUCUUUCAUACCUACACAUUGGUUGCCUUUCUCCAUUGUUGGCCGUGCUCAGAAAUGGACUCUCUCUCGUACUCUUCUUGUCACUGCAUUUGGAGCAGUAUUACAUGUAAUAUCCACUUCUAUUCUAGGCAUAACAGCAAUAACCAUUACAAACACAAUUGCUGGUGAGGAAUCAGUACACAAACUGGCUUCCCUUUUGCUUAUAGUCCUUGGUGGGAGUUAUAUCAUCUUGUUUCUUUGCGGAAAGGGUGGUCACAGCCACUCACACAAUCAACCCAUGGAGAAAAUGGCUGUAGCAGGGCUUGUCCUCGUUCCUGCAUUGUCUCCUUGUGCAACCACUCUCCCUGUGUUUCUUGCUGUUGGAAACUCAUCCUCCAUGAUGGUGCUUGCCAUCAUAGUUCUGUUAUUCAGCACCAUAACUGUGAUGACUUCACUGGUGGCUCUAUCAUUUUACGGUGCAAGUCAACUCAAGUUCCACUGGGUGGAACGUUAUGACAAGCUCCUCGUCGGUUCAGUGCUAAGCUUGGUUGGUAUUUUGACCCUUAUCUUUCACGAUCACGACCACGAAGGAGGUUCUGCCGGAGGUCAUGUGCACAGAAAACUCAUUGUGCUAUAAAAGGAUCAUUCUUCAGCCAACAAAUCUGUUUCCUGAAGCCUAGUAUUCAAAUGCAUAUUUACCUUUAAAGGAUAGAAAGGGGAGCCUUAGAGCAACGGUAAAUUUGUUAUAGGUCAUGGGUACGAGCUGUGGAAUCAGCCACUAAUGCUUGCGUUAGGGUAGACUGCCUACAUUACACCCCCUUGGUGUACGGCCUCCCCCCGGGCUCCCUUUUUUUUUUAUUUACCUCAAGAAAAGCAAUGUACAAAUACACCUUCUUUUUUGGUUCAAGUUGUGCAAUUAAUGUGUGCUCAAGUUUAUGUCUAUUCAGUUCUAACAAUUUUUA